AUGGAAAAGAGCGUAAAUGUAGCGAACGAAGACGUCAUAAAGCUGAUUCUGCAAUAUCUGAGGGAAAAUGGUUUAAACAGGAGCCUCUUGAUGCUCCAGGAAGAAUCUGGAGUCGCUCUAAACAGCGUGUCAAACCUGGAAUCGCUCAUUGCUGACGCACAAAUGGGCAGAUGGAAUCAAGUCCUGGACGUUGUAGACACGAUGAAACUAUCGCAAGACACAUUAUUCAAGUUAUACGACCAGAUUGUUCGUGAACUGGUCGACUUAAAGGAAUCAAAGUUGGCAACAUCACUGAUGGAUAAUGCAACUCCGCUCAUAUCCAUGCAGGUUGCAGAGCCGGAAAACUACAGUAGGCUAAGAGAUUUGUGUAAAAAGAGACCAAAUGAUUCCAAGGAGAUUUACGCUGGAAUUUCCGGGGAUUCGGCACACCAGCAUCUGACCAAGAACAAGAAGCGGAAUAUAGUCGCAGAAGCGCUCUCAAAGGAUGUAGAACACGUUCCACAGUCGAGGCUUCUGGCUUUAAUUGGAAUGGCUGUCAAGUGGCAGGAACAUCUCGGAAUGAUCCCACCCGGGGACCAAUUUGACGUCUUUAGAAACACAUCCAAAAAGGGCUCUGAUGAGUUCACGCAGUGCAUCAAGACGGUGAGCAGGAUCAUUAAGUUUCCCGAGAAAUCACACCCAGAAUGCGUUGUGUUUACUCCAAACGGUCGUCAUCUUAUAUCAGGGUCUUCCGACGGAUUUAUCGAGGUUUGGAACUGGUCUCUUGGUACGCUUGACACCGAGUUGGAGUACCAAAAGAAUGACCACUUUAUGCUACAUGAUACACUCAUUACGAGUCUCGCAACAAGCAGGGACUCUGAGAUUGUAGCAAGCGGCGACCAAGAAGGAAACGUGAGGGUCUGGAAACUUGACACUGGAGAGUGUCUAAGGAGGUUUAACAACGUACACAAGGGAGCUAUAACGUGCAUGUGCUUCACCAGGGAUUCCUUGAACUUGCUAACUGGCUCAUUUGAUUCAACCGCCAGAAUGCACGGCCUAAAGUCUGGAAAGACCCUCAAGGAGUUCAGGGGCCACACCUCCACCGUCAACGCGAUUACUUACUCUAGCGAUGGCACAAGAGUCAUAACUGGUUCUAGCGACGGGUUCAUAAAGAUCUGGGACUCCAGGACCUGCGACUGUAUCAAGUCGUUCCCAGCGUACUCUAGCGAAAAGGAAAGUGUGCUCAUGCUGAAACCAGUCAAUGCGCUUUUAAAUUUCGGGACAUUUGCCUCUGGAGAGCUCAUUCUUGUCUGUACAAAGUCGUCUACCAUUCGUCUGUUGAACAUGAGUGGUGCCUGCAUACGGCAGUUUGAGGACGACCAGCUCAAGGACGUGAGCUUCAUCGACAUCACAGUGUCAAAGAGAAACAACUGGAUUUACGCCCUUGGCGACGACAAUGUCCUCUACACCUUUAAUGGACAGAGUGGAAAGUUGGAGCAUUUCUUCACGGUCCACGACAAGGAAGCCAUUGGAGUCUUUCAUCACCCUCACGAGAGCGUAAUCGCCUCUUGGGGAAUGGAUCGCACAAUUAAACUUCUUCACCCCUAA